CCAUUCGGCGCCAUCCACUUUAACGACCAUGCUCAACGCAUUGCUCCGUUCUCGUUCGGCUACAUAAACUCUUCGGGCUACAGCUUCAUUGCCAAACCCAAGAUUGAACGUGAUUGUCAUACUGGAGCGUGUCUGUCAAUCGAUCUAUCUCAUGCGAACCUACCUCUGCGAGAAGAUAUGCCCACGUGUGGAUUCACUGGAGAGCUUUGCGACCAGACCGGGACAAUUCUGGUCAUUUUCAUAAUGUUGGCAGCCGUGGCUCUGUGUAUCGGACUUUUCGUCAGCUUCCGGAAAAUAAAGAACAUCGAAUCCAUGCAAAUGCCCUGGGCGAUCGCGUUUCCUACGUUGAAAUUUAUUGACCUGGAUAUCGCGUCACCAUGGACUGUCAGUUCUGAGCCUGAACGAACACAUGGAAACGAAGGUGUGGGCACGUUACUUCGACAUUCAGCCGCUGUCCAUGUGAAAAUGCGUGAUUUUCUACGAACGCGACAACUAGCGACAAUUAAUCAGACGUAUGUUCUUGUGGAAACUAUCGCUUUAAAAGAGCGUUUAGUAUUCUUCAAACAGGAUAUCGAUCUUCUACUCAAGAUCAAGCACUCAAGUCAUGAGAACGUGAACCCUUUCAUUGGGGUCUCGUACGACAGCACUCGUUUAUAUGUUCUAUGGACCCACUGCUUCCGGUAC